AGGCGGCGAGCGAGCAUGUUCCCUCUGCUCGCUGCCACUCAGCCGGCCCGACCAUUUCACGUCAUCUGUCACGUCCCCUUGCCGCCGCCGGGCUGCUCCUCCCCGGUCGCCGAAUGAUGACGCGCCACAGCUCGAGGUUGCCUUGACAACCAGUUGUUUGUCCUCCAAACGGGUGGUGGUCCAGGUGAUGACCAUGACUGCAAACACGAGGAGCUUUUCUCCGAAGAAAUUGUCCUUCUCCUGCUUUCUCACAAAUCCACAAUAUGGCUGCCUAAUGCAUGCAGAUGGCCAUGGUGAAGUAUGGACAGACUGGAAUGAUAUGUCCAAGUUUUUCCAGUAUGGAUGGAGAUGUACGAACAAUGAAAAUUCUUACUCUAACCAUACCUUAAUGGGCAACUGGAACCAGGAGAGGUAUGACAUUCAGAAGAUUGUUCAACCACAACCUCUGCCUUCCCAGUUUGGUCACUAUUUUGAAACAACCUUUGCCGCCAGCUACAAAAAGAAGCUACCUCCACCUGGAAGGUUUAAACAAGAGCCUCACUGUUUCCCUGGACAUCAACCUGAGCUGAUUCCUCCUCCGUACAAAACGAAUACCACGGGGAUGUCAGAUUACAUGGUGAAUUAUUCAGCACCUCAAACCAGGGAAGGCCCUGGAUAUGUAUGGGAUCUUAAAGAUGCACCAGGAAAACAAGACAAGCUCCUUUUUUCUAGUCAACUAUAACUGGGAAUAGUUCUCUAUUCAACACAGCUAAGAAUUUUGCUUUCUGUAACAUAGUAACUCUUCUCUGAAUAAAAAAUAAAGUCCCUAGGAACUGGAAGCUAA